UGUCACCUAAACUGUAGAUCGUAUAUAAGUGAGGUUUCAACACCCCAGUGGUUUUCAUACAGUCUUACAUCCCCCCUCUACAGGUUCACAGACAACAGUGCUCUUUUUUUUAUAGGGAAAGUGAUAUGAUUAUCCUGUCUAUCAUAUCAUAUCUGUGGGUGCUCAUCUUUUUAUGUAUUUUCAUUUGUAAUGGAUUUUUAAAUGCAGUGGAGGCAGCUUCGGAAUGCAAAAAAGGUGAGAUGAUAAGCAGAGGGAAUGGAAGACUGUGUGAACCAUGCCCUGAAAAUCACUACCAGGCAGUACCAAAUCGCUCUCAGAAUUGUGUAAUCUGCACCUCCUGCCUUAACAACAGUGAAUUGAUAUCAGAGUGCACAAAGACUUCCGAUACUACAUGUCAGUGUCGUACAGGAUUCAUUAGAAGAAACGAUCAGUCUUCGAUAUGCAAGUGUGCCAAGGGGUCUGGGCUGGAUCCAUCAGGAUUCAAAUGCAGUGAAUGUCAGGCUGGAUUCUUUACCACCAAAAUCGACUCUAAAUGUGUGAACUGGCGAGAGUGUAAGAGUGGAGUGAGGAUUCCGGGCAAUUCGACAUCAGAUGUGAUCUGUAAUGAUAAUUCAGAGACAGAGGGGAAGACCCUCCCCUCCACACACACCACUUUCCCAUCUGGCUCCAUCCAGACCUUUUCUAAGUCAUUGAUCCAGAGCCAAGGGUCAUCCCCUCAUCCUAAUGUGCCCACCUUUGCACCAGCCCCCACUAUCAAGGUGACCAAAGGUCCCAAGUUCUCAACGGCAGACUUUGGCCAAGUAAUGACACUCUUUGGAACUGUCCUGCUGCUUACUUUUCUACUUACCGCUGUGACCUACAAACUGGUCAUCAUUCCUUGCAUCAAGAACCACAAGAAGCCGGCUGUCAGAACAUCUCAGGACUCAAUGUGCCGGAGGCCAGUUGAAGAAAGUGGGGACAGCAGUCUCUCUUCCCUGGUAAAACCACCAAGCUUGGGGGAGCCAUGAUAGAGAUACCUGGCUAUCUGUCUGUCAAACUAUUCCUAUUGUCAAAAUGUUGCUAUUAUUCUCAAUGCCACUCAGAAUACAUUUCUUUAAAACCAGAAAAAACUUUAAACAGUGUUUGAAGAUUCUAAAAUAUGGUCAAUAUUUGAUUCCCAUGUAUUCUGUUAUUAUGGAAAAGCAUUUUAGACAUUACUUUGUUUUCAAUCUAUUUGUCAACAAUAUAAUUGUUCUCUGCUGCGCUGGGGGAUCUAGAUAUUAUGUUAUUUUCACAAAUGGCCUUCUGACAAAAUAAUGAUAAAUACUACUUCCUGUUCCUUCAGGUGUCUGUUUAGAUUUACAGGGGAGAUUAUGUGAAAACAAUGCUGUGGUGGCAAAAUGUGUAUUGUGUUAAAUGUUGUAGUUGUUUAUGUCUUUGCAAAUAAACCUUUUCACAUUUUACAUGA